AUGAUACCGUGGUCGUCCUUCGUUCAGAAGGCCCAGAGCCUGAUUGACCCUGCCAAUUUCAACAUUUCCGCCCUAUCCUCGCCCGAUCAUAACCCCUCCAAGGCAUCGUUGUUCCGGCAACAAUUCCGCCUCCCUGAUUCCCAGAACCCGCUUCAAGAGAUCACCGCUGAUCUCGUUCUACCACUACCAAAUUCCUCGCCAAAUCAAGGAGAUAGCACUCGCAGGGUUGACCGGGCUGGGAAUACAUACACCGGACGUUUGCAUCUGAGUGAACGUUUCAUCUGCUUUUCAACCCAGCCCACGAGCUUCAUUCCCUCUGCUACAGCAAAUGCCUCGACCACUUGGACUGGCCAAACGCACGGCACUGGACCAUCAGGCAAUGGAUUCAUCCUCCCGCUAUCCUGCAUACGACGUGUCGAACGCCUUCAUAGCGCCAGCCAUGUUUUCUCUUUGGCGCUGACAACAUGGAAUGGUUUGCUCAAUAAGCAUCAAGAACCCAAUUUCGCCCCUCAACGCCUCAUAUUGCAGCUUGUCGGUAGCAGACAGGCCUGCGAGCGAUUUUGUGACACACUAAAAAAAGGCCUGAGGGAGGCAAUGAAGGAGGUUGACAGCUUGCGGACCGUCGUCUCGGAUUGUUAUUCGGAAUAUUUGCUCUCAGGCGCCAAAGGAAAGGGACAAGACGGGAACGAAGCUGAUACUCGUCAACCCCCGGAUGCGGGGCUGGGUCUAAUUUUCCGCUACCCUGGUGAUGCACGCAAGCUGCGCGAUCGCAGUAAGAUGAGACUUUGGGGCGAAUAUUUCAGAGAAAAUGGUCGGAAUGCUACUUUGGUUCGCCAACCAACCUUCCACAAGCUAAUCAGAGUUGGUUUGCCAAAUCGGUUACGAGGAGAAAUAUGGGAGCUCACAUCCGGUUCUUUGUUCCUUCGUUUACAAUCUCCAAAGCUGUACCAACAGACAUUGGCCAAGUUCGAGGGACAAGAAUCCCUUGCCAUCGAUGAGAUUGAGAAAGAUUUGAAUCGCAGUCUACCAGAGUAUCCUGGAUUCCAGAGCGAAGAAGGCAUUGGACGCUUGCGACGAGUUCUCACUGCGUACAGUUGGAUUGACCCGGAGAUUGGAUAUUGCCAAGCCAUGAACAUCGUGGUUGCCGCAUUGUUGAUAUAUAUGUCAGAGGCCCAGGCCUUUUUCCUUCUCUCGGUGCUAUGUGACCGUCUCCUGCCCGGCUACUAUUCAACAACAAUGUACGGCACACUACUCGAUCAGAAGGUGUUUGAGUCUCUAGUUGAGAAAACAAUGCCAGUUCUCUGGGAUCACCUUACCAAAUCAGAUGUACAACUUUCUGUGGUAUCGUUGCCAUGGUUCCUUUCGCUCUACAUUAACUCUAUGCCGCUCGUCUUUGCUUUCCGUGUCUUGGAUGUGUUUUUCCUAGAAGGGCCAAAGGUCCUCUUCCAGGUCGGUCUUGCCAUCCUCCGAGUCAACGGCGAGGAGCUUCUCGAGACACAAGAUGACGGAUCAUUUAUUUCUGUCUUGAAGUCAUACUUCUCCCGAUUGGAUGAAUCUGCCCACCCGAGAUCGGAGAAUCCCAAGCUGCGGGCCAUUACUAGAUUCCAGGAAUUAAUGGUGGUUGCUUUCAAAGAAUUUUCUGGCAUCACUCACAGCACGAUCACUGAGACGCGAGAAAAGCACAAGGGUGCUGUCUUAGAGAAUAUCGAGACUUUUGCAAAGCGUACUUCUAUCCGCAACCUUGGACCCGAGAGCAAACGCCUGAGCGUGGAUGAUCUUGGAACGAUAUAUGACCGCUUCUAUGAAACGCUGUACCAAUGGGAACAGCACCAGAGAGUUAUCGAGGAAGAGGCGAGGCGGCAAGAGAGGAAGAAAUCGAAAUCCCAACGCCUUUCCAUGCUUGCCCCUCCUGCAGACACCGAAGUUGGCCGUGUUGGUCUUGGACCUAGCCCUACACAUAUGGAUUAUGAUGCUUUCCGGGAUCCCUCGAGGAGAGAAUCCCCAUCAGGAAAAUCAGCAUUGUGGGCGAACCGCAGGCAGCCAGCGGACCAUGAGUUUAUGCAACGCCUCUACCGCAAGUGGGGCACAGAUCCCGAGGAGGGAUUGAAUCUUCAGAAUGUGGUGAAUGGUCUUGCCCGCCUUAAAGGAUCCCCUGAUAUCAUGAAUAACAUCAACUAUUUCUUCGACCUGUACGAUGACAGUGGAAAUGGCCAGGUUGAUCGUGAGGGGAUCCUCAAGAUGUCCGAGGCGCUGUUGUUUCUCUCCCGACGUGGGUUUGAGGGCACAAUCACGGCCACCCCAUCUGUGGAAGAUCUGAACUCGUCGGGAGACCGUGACUAUGUUGAGAACUCGCUCACUACUGACGAGAAAUUCCUCGGUAGUGUCAGCGCAUUCAUCCGUCGUUGCUUCGAAUACGCCGACCCUAGCCACCAAGAGAACCACAAAGCAGACCUGCUGGAUACAACGGUAGAGGCAACCGAGAAGCUAGACUCAUUUACCAUUGGUGACGACGACGACGAAGAAGAUUUGAUCGAUGUUGGUGAUGCCAAGUCCACCAACUCUCCAGCACCAGACGCAGCUCCCCAGUCAGCUAAGUCUACCACCGUCGAAUUAGACAAUCGCGACCAUAACCGCUCAACAUCUGAGUCUGCCAACCCGGCUCUCGACCCUAAUAAUCCCCUGCAUAUCACUCUCCCUACCUUCCGAAUGGUUGUCCUGGCCGACGAACUCCUAGAGCAAUUCUUUGAAUCCUACUUCCCUCAAUCCUUCCACCUGUCCGACCACCCCCACCCCGCGGCUCUAGCCGCAUCUUCCUCAAUGUCGUCCAAUCUCACAACUUUCUCCAACAUCGGCAGUGUACGUUCCUCCGGACUCAGCGCUGGCUCAGCGCCCGUCGCCGGCGCCUCAGGAGGUAUCGUGCCACCAGGCAAAGGCCUGCGCGGCGUCCUCGACAACAUCGUCUCCGACGGAAUCCGCAUGGCCGCCGAAGUCAAGAAGCGAAUGGACGAGGCACAGCGUGAUCUCGCUCACGGCCGCGAAGAAGAUGAAGACGAUGAAGACGACGAUGACUAUCCCCGUCGUGAGAACACUGCCACCGCCAUCCCUGGUGGUAUCCCCAGCUGGGGCGCUGGCGCAUACGGCGCCGACCCGGAGCGUCGUAGCAUUGUCCGUGACGCUGACCGUGACCUCCUUGAAGGAGCUGAGGUGCUUGGCGGCGGAAAGGAAGAGAGAACUUCUCUCUUGGACGGGAAGGAUGAUGCCACCCACGCUCCUCGGAAGGUGUCCGGCUCUGCUGCUUCCACUAAGAGCGGUGAUUCUUCCACAGCCCGCGACGGGGAGGUUAUCAGCAAGCUCGUCGAGUUUGACUCAUGA